CAACUUUGCUUGCUUGACAUUUUGAUAGCUCCCUGCUAAAGUCAAGUUUUUUGCUCAGCUGAAGAGCUUGGUUGAUCAGCCGCCAUCGGAAUUGGAUACAUCGGAAAUGAAAUGUAUCGCCGUACCGCAUAAUCCAUAAUCUAUGAAAGCCAUCUCAAGGCGUCCGAUCAUCAUCGUGUGCACCGCUUUUAUUUCCAGGGCCCUGACGAGUACCCAUGGACCCAUAUCUACCUGCACGAUACUGUCCUCGAAAUGUAAUACUUUGUCAGCGUUGCGAUGUUCGCCCGCUUCGAUUACAGGAAUUCCAUAUUAUGGACCCUCCCCUUCGGUGUCACCACGCUUUGUGCACGAGAGACCUCGAGCAUAAGCGGGUGAUCCAUCGGCACGAUGACAAUGUACGUGCACCAAUAACAACCUGAAGAUUAACCGGAAGAUCCCUCGCUAUU